UAAAAAUUAUUCGAUCCACUUUCACCUCUACUUCUAUAUUUAUAAAUAUAAUCAGUUAGGUCUUACCUAACUAUUACCCUUCAACAAUAAAAAAAUUUCUUACCUAACUAUUUCUCCGGGGAAAUUUUUUUAUAAAAAAAACUCAUUUUGCUUCCCAUAAUCCAUGCAUUUAUACAUCCUAAUAGCCAGUCAACCAGGCACAUAUAGCCCAUGUCUGAAGAAGAUUCUUUGUUUGCACAAACACACACAUAUAAAAACCUGAUAUGAUAUGAGGCCUAUUUGCAUCAUUGCAAAUGCCAACAUUCAACCCAACAAAAACCAUGCGAGUAGAGUGAGAGCAUGAACGCCAGUCCCUCCGCCACGCCGCUGUCCCCCAACCUCGAGCCAUGCUUCCAAUCAGACCCUCUUCUCCCCUCCAGGAGCCUCGACAACGCCCACCGCCUGUUCGACCGAAUGCCCCGUCGCGACGCCUUCUCCUGGGCCACGCUCAUCUCCGCCCACGCCCGCCGCGGCCGCGAUCCCUCCGUUGCCCUCGUCCUUUUCGGCCGCAUGCUCGCUGCCGGCCUCCCUCCAGAUCCCUACUCCCUCGGCGCCGCCCUCCGCGCCUGCUCCUCUGCCGUUCUCCUUCGCCCCGCCCGGCAGUCCCACGCCCUCGCCCUCAAGUCGUCCCUCGCCUCCCAUCCCCUUGUCGCCGCGGCGAUCAUCGACGCGUACGCCGAGUGCGGCCACGCCGCCUCCUCUGCCCUCGUCUUCGAUUCCGCCCCACCAUCGGCACGGUCCAGCCGUGUCCUGUGGACCACCCUGAUCGCCGGCCUUACCCGAUCCGGCGAUACGCUUGGGGCUAUGGACCGGUUCCGCCGGAUGCGGACGGAAAGCGUAGGCCCCACCCCCUUCACCCUCCCGACCGUCCUCGCCGCCUGCGCCUCCGAGCGCGCGCUCCGGUUUGGCCGCCAGGUCCACGGGUGCGCCGUCCGGACCGGCUUCGCCUCCAGCCCGUUCGUCACCAGCUCUCUCGUUAACCUCUACGCCAAAUGUUCCGAUCUCGCCAGCGCCAGAACAGUCAUUGAAUCGGCCGAGUCGGACGACUCGGUCUCGUGGAACGCUCUCAUUGUCUCGUGCUCGCGUAGCGGGUUAUAUGCCGACGUCCUCUCCCUGUUCGCCGAAAUGCGCCACCGAGGGCUCGAGAUGGACGAGUUCACGUACCCCUCCGCCCUCAACUCGGUCGCUUCCGCCGGGGACGCGCCCAACGGGAGCUCCCUCCACGGGUUGAUCCUAAAAGCCGGCUUCGAGGCCCACCUGCACGUGGCGAACGCCCUUGUCGACAUGUACGCCAAGUGCGGGAGCUUAAACUGCGCCCGCGGGGUAUUCGACCUGAUGCCCGAGAGGGACGUCGUGACCUGGACCGCCCUCCUCGCCGGCCUUGCUCGCCACGCGUCACACGAGUCGGCUCUCCAGCUCUACUCCGAGAUGCGAGAACUCGGCAUCGACUCGGACGAGUUCAUCACUGCCGGCGUGCUGAGCUCGUGCGCCGGGUUGACCCUGCUCGAACUCGGCCGGCAGGUCCACGCUAAUAGCAUUCGGGGCGGGUUCGACUCGUUCCUCUCGGUGGGGAACUCGCUGGUCACCAUGUACGCCAAGAGUGGGUGCAUGGAUGACGCUUGGACGGUUUUUGAUUCGAUGACCUGGCGUGACGCCAUCACGUGGACGGCUUUGAUCAUGGGCUUCGCUCAAAAUGGUCGGGGGAGAGACUCCCUUCGGCUUUACAAUGAGAUGACUCGGACCGGAGUUAAACCGGACUAUGUGACUUUCAUCGGGUUACUGUUUGCGUGCAGCCACGCCGGUCUUGUCGAGGCCGGUCGAGCCCAUUUCGAGUCUAUGGAGAGAGUCUACAGAAUAGUCCCCGGACCGGAGCACUACGCAUGCAUGAUUGAUCUCCUCGGCCGAUCGGGUCAGAUCGGGGAAGCGGCAGAGCUGCUAGACCGGAUGGAGACCGAACCGGACGCGACCGUGUGGAAGGCGUUGCUGGCUGCAUGUAGGGUACAUAGGAAUAUAGGACUUGCGGAACGGGCGGCUAUGGUGCUCUUCGAGCUAGAUCCAACGGACGCGGUGCCCUACGUGUUGCUCUCGAAUAUGUACUCCGCGGCCGAGAGAUGGGGUGAUGUGGCGAGGAUCCGAUCGUUGAUGAAGUCUCGAGGGGUGAUCAAGGAGCCAGGUCGUAGCUGGAUCGAGAUGGGUGGUGUGGUGCAUGUGUUCCACGUGGAGGAUCGGGGGCAUGCACGGACGGGUGAGAUUUAUUGGAAGGUUGAAGAGAUGUUGAGGAGGAUCAAGGAGGAGGAGGGGUACGUGGCGGACACAGGAUUCGCCUUGCACGAUGUGGGGGAUGAGGGGAAGGAGAUGGGAUUGGCGUACCAUAGUGAGAAGCUGGCCGUGGCCUUUGGUCUCAUCAGCAUGCCACGUGGCGCGGUGAUCCGGGUGUACAAGAACUUGAGGGUAUGUGGCGAUUGUCACACAGCGAUCAAGAUGGUGUCCAAGGUGUACGGAAGGAGCAUCGUGCUGAGGGACUCCAAUUGCUUUCAUCACGUUAACGAGGGGAUAUGUUCUUGUGGGGAUUACUGGUAGCAUGCUAAUGGAUAUGGGAUUAUUUGUUAAUUAUAAGAUGAAUACUUGGUUCUAAUACUUUGUUAUUUAUAUGAAUUGGGUGCAUGAUUUUUUUUCUUUUUUCAAAAGGCCUUGCAUAUUUCAAGAUGUUAACCUUUAAAAAAUGUGCAGCCAUGUCACGUGCCUAGUUCAUGUUAUGAAUAGAAUCUAGGGAUAUGAAUUUUUCUU